GUGCCGUACAUUUGUUCGACAUGUUGCGACUUGUCGAACUCUCAAGCACUCUCUCUUCCCCCCUCCAAAUUUGUAAUUCGAUACAUCGAAAUUAUGACGCGGGAUGUCACUGUGUUAUUGAAAAUCGUGAUGUUUGGACGCUUCGCUUCAGAUUAAUAACUGACUGCUGAAAUAACUUUCUUGGCGGGAAAAAGGGAUUUCAAUAUGGAUGCUGAAAUGAUCAUUAACAUAACAAUCAAUCUGUGUUUUUUCACGUGAUGAAAAAUGUGGUUUUAUCAAAUGGCUUUUCUAUGACUUCUUAAGGAUUACACGGAGAUUUUUCACAUCGAAUGAGAAUUUCACUCGACCGCACUCCUGGUUUGGUCGCAGUACAGUGUUUGACGCGCAAUCGAAGGAGGCCAGUCGAAGCGGAGCACAAGAGCAAAUGUCGGGUGGACAAUGAAUCGCGCGAUGUUCUCCGAUACAACGGUAUAAUGUGAAUGGUGAUAAAUCGACGUGAUAUGGUGCAUAAUCGGAUUGUAAACACGCGCGGUAAUGUGGAUAAAAAGUAAAAAAGCUAAGAAAAAAGUGCAGUGACUCUACGUCUGAUUGGUAGUGCACGCAGAGCGGCCCUUCGUGUACAUACACAUGUAAUGACAAACUGACUCGAAAGCAGGAAGGACAGGAAGAAAGAAAAUGGAGCAUCGGAAGCAAACGAUGAGCUCGGAGAUAGCGAAAGCUAACGAGCAGUUCGAUCUGUUUUGCAACGCGACCACAUUGAAAUCAAUUCUGGGCCACUACAGGCAUCUCUGCGACUUGCUCAGGAUCAGGCCAAACGUGAUCAAUCAAUUUUAUCCAAAAUUGAAAGCGAAAUUGCGAUCGUGGAAGGCUCAAGCCCUCUGGAAGAAAUUCGAUCAGAGGGCCAACUACAAAUGUUACAAUCGUGGCAAAGCGUGCCCGAACACUAGGGUGUUGAUCAUCGGAGGCGGGCCAUGCGGCCUUCGUUCGGCCAUAGAGGCCCAACUGUUGGGAGCCAAGGUCGUGGUUGUCGAGAAACGGGAUCGCAUGUCGAGGAACAACGUCCUUCACCUGUGGCCCUUCGUCAUCCACGACCUCCGCGCCCUGGGGGCGAAAAAAUUCUUCGGGAAAUUUUGCGCCGGCUCCAUCGAUCACAUCAGCAUCCGACAACUUCAAUGUAUAUUGCUCAAAGUCGCUUUGAUCCUUGGUGUCGAGUUCCACGAGAGCGUCAGUUUCGACGCCCUCGUGUCGCCGCCUGAGAAUCAGGAGGAGGGCAAGAUCGGUUGGAGGGCGAAGACCACGCCCGCCGAUCAUCCUGUGUCUCAGUACGAGUUCGACGUGCUGAUUGGCGCCGACGGGAAGAGGAACACGUUGGAAGGGUUCAAGCGGAAAGAGUUCAGGGGUAAAUUGGCUAUCGCGAUAACGGCGAACUUCAUCAACAAGCGGACCGAGGCCGAAGCCCGCGUCGAAGAAAUCAGCGGGGUUGCGUUCAUCUUCAAUCAAAAGUUUUUUAAAGAACUGUACCAGGAGACGGGUAUCGAUCUAGAAAAUAUCGUUUAUUACAAAGACGACACUCACUAUUUCGUGAUGACCGCCAAGAAGCACAGUCUCAUAGACAAGGGAGUGAUUUUGCAGGAUCACGCGGACACGGCGAAAUUACUAGCUAAGGAAAACGUGGAUCGUGAAGCGUUGAUGCUUUACGCCCGAGAGGCUGCCGAAUUCUCCACGGAAUACCAAAUGAUCGGUAUGGAAUUCGCGGUGAACCAUUACGGCCAGCCAGACGUCGCCAUGUUCGAUUUCACGUCGAUGUAUGCGGCGGAGAAUGCCAGCCGAAUUUUGGAACGCCGUGGCCAUAAGUUGCUUAUGAUCCUUGUCGGUGAUAGCCUUCUCGAGCCGUUCUGGCCAACCGGAUCUGGUUGCGCGAGAGGAUUUUUAAGCUCCUUAGACGCUUGCUGGGCGAUCAAAGGGUGGGGCGCGAACGUGUCACCGUUGGAAGUAAUCGCUGAACGGGAGUCGAUUUACAGGCUGCUUGGACAGACCACGCCUGAAAACUUGAACAGAGAUUACGCUGCGUAUACGCUAGAUCCUCAUACCAGAUACCCCAAUUUGAACGUGUCCUCGGUGACACCGAUACAAGUGCGAAGUUUACUCGACACGGAUGAUCCCGACAGCGUGAAACAGCCCCCUGUCCAGUCUGACAUCGAUAUCCCUAAAAAACGACGUCGUCGAGAUUUGCGUGGAGAUUCGCAAGUGCAUCCUGACACGCUGCUUCGCUGGCUGCAGAAACAAGUUGCCCUGUACGACUCGGUUCAGAUAAGAGACAUGGGCGCCUCGUUCAAGAAUGGUCUGGCUAUUUGUGCGAUAAUUCACAGAUAUCGUCCAAACCUGAUUGAUUUCCACAAUUUGAGCCCGGACGACGCUGUCACGAACAACCAAUUGGCAUUUGACAUAUUGGAAAAAGAGUUGGGCAUACCUCCUAUAAUGACAGGGGAGGAAAUGGCCCAGUGCGACGUUCCCGACAAACUUGCCAUGUUUUCUUACCUCACACAGAUAUACGAAGUUUUCCGCGGUGAAAUCCCGUACAUUAAACAUCCAAAAUUAGAACCUGAAAACGAAGAAAGGCCCGCACAUAGUAAACAAUUGACACCUGAUCAAAAAGUUCAGUUAAUUGACCGUAUCGUCAGGCAAGAUAGCGCAACGAGAACCAGACACUCACGAUCGCGUCAUAACGAAAAUUUAAACCCCGCGGAUAAGAAGGGGGACACGAUUAGCCGACGUUCUCGAAAGAGACGAAGCACGGAGAAGAUGGGCGCGACAGUGGAGGAAAGGCAGAAGAGACUCGCAGAGAUAGAGAAAAAUCGCGCGGAACGUAUGAGAAGGCGGCAAUAUUUACGAAAUAUGGCGACGCAGCAAUUCUACAAAAGUGUGCAGAUGCUGCAAGCGAACGCAAAACGCGAGAAAGACGAGCCGUUCGAAGAUUAUUCGAUAUUCUUGUAUCGUCAAACAGCACCGGAUUUCAAGGAUAGGGUGAAAUACCUAGAGCAGAAAAUAUUAUAUCCAGAUAGAGAACCUAAGAUUCACGCUGGUCAUCACAGAAACAGCAUAGACGAAGAGUUCUCCGGCAGAAUAAAAAGCAUCGAAGACAAGUUGAAAGGAUCUACACCGGUUGAGAAAAAACCCAGAGAUCUUCUACGUGCGAUUGGUAAAAUUGAGAAGACCGAUUGGAACGUGAAGGAAAUCGAGAAGAAAAUCGAGGAGAAUAAGAUGGGCCGUUUGGUUCGACACGACAAGGUAGAACGGGUGCCGAAAUGGAGUCGAGAACAGAUGUGUAUAUGCUUCAUUCAGUUUUUAGCUCGACAAAUCAAGAUGGAGAAGAAGGGGCGUGAUCAAAGGGAGACAGAUAGUAAGUACGCUGAUAUUGACAAUACCCUGAAGAAUAUUGACAGGAAGAUCAAAGAGGGUAAUGUGCUCGGGUACAAUAAAGUCUCGGCAAUGGCCGAACAAUUUUCGAAUAAAAGUCAGGACUUGGCGGAGCCCAAGAUGCAGAAAUCGAAUGCCAAGCCCACGAUAACGUUACCUGCUCAAGGAGGUUCAGAAACUUGUCAUUUUUGUAACAAAAGGGUUUAUCUAAUGGAGAGACUUAGCGCCGAAGGAAAAUUUUUCCAUCGAGGAUGUUUUCGUUGCGAAUAUUGCUCCACCUCGUUGAGAAUAGGAAACCAUACGUUCGAUCGGGAUAAAAAUGGAGGACGAUUUUAUUGUACGCAACAUUUUGGUUUCUCGGGAACGUUGAAAACUCGGGUGGAAAAGAAGAAAAUGACGACGUUGAACAAGGAAAAUAUACCUGCGACCUCCGUAAAUCUGAAAACUCCCGAGAAAGGAAAGAUAUCUUUGGAGGGCGUGGUUGGCCUCGAUUUACUUGAUCGCGGGCAAACGCCCGAGAGAAUAGAAUUCGAAAAUUUGGCGGGAAUAUCGGACGCGGAAGAAGCCCAAAGUCAAAUGGACGAAGACGAAUGGACGGAUAGGAAUUUCGGAGCUUCCACUGCAGAAAUGGGAUCCAGUGAUGACAUUUCUGAUAUGAGCGAUUCGGAUGAUGAUAACGAAGUGUACGAAGAGGCGAUAGAUCAACCCUUGACAACCGAAGGGACUCUUGAACUUGCGAAAAAUUGGACGCUACGAUAUUCCCAUCCCCAUGCCGCAAUGGGACAAUCUGACACGGGAAGCAACGAAUACGAAGAUUCCAGCGACGAGUAUACGAACGAAGACGAUGAGAGUACAACUGCCACGGAAGAUGAGGACGACAUACGAGCCCGGGAGCUUAGAAAGCAAGAAGUUUGGUUGAAGAAUCCCACACGUAGCUCCGAUACGGACAGCGGUUCAGAAACGGAGGUCGCCUCUGAUGAAGGCACGUCUGAGGAAAGCGAGGAGAACUCGGCCACGGAAAUAUCGACAGACUCGGAAUUCGAGCACGAUGGCGCAACGCCCACCCAGCACGAGAUUCCACAGAUCACGAUCAACGACGCGUACGUGCGCAAGACCAGAGGAAAUUACGUUGAACCGAAAAGAGUUCAAGUGAAGAGUAAAGUGAUAUCGUCGAUCAACAACGGUAAUCCGAGGCAGGAGAGAGAUGUAGACACUGCGAGGUCGCAGUUAAAAAUGGAUCGCGACAUAAAUCCUUCUCGUGUUGAGAGAGAGAGCAAGCCGAAUUUAUCAGGAUUCAACAACGCAGCUCCGUUGAUAAACCCUCGCAAAGGGGAUUACCUGUUGAACCGUACCCACUCCACCGAGGGUAUCGCGUCCAAGCUGUCCUUGGAGUUGAAGAAGAAGUAUUUGCUGGGCGGUUCAGCUUUCGGCGGUUCCGUCAUGAAAUCUGGCUCGGCCUCGAACGUGGACACCCAACUGAGAAAUUUCACCGACGCCAUAUCUCAACACCAAAAACUGUUGAACCCCGCCCCGGAGCCAAGCCCUACCAUGCAAGCGUUCCUUCAAGGAACCAGCAAAUUGCGCUCGAAUAACGCCCAACUUUCCCCCAUAUCGCCCACCGCCGCCAUAUUCUCCUCCUCGAAACCGUACAUCGCCGCUCGAUCCUCCCAGAAUUUGCUGAACAACAACAAUCCGAUUUACAAGUCGGCAAUCCUGCCCGAAAUAUCGAAGACCCAGCUGCCGGACCUGGUGAAGGAGUCCAGCAUAUUGAAAUCCAAAACCACUCCCAAUAUCGUGUGCGGCGAGUCGAAGAGCGCGGUGGAGGAGGCUGGGAAGGAGGUUCUGAAAAACUCUGAAACGUUGGAGAAUGCGGAAAAUAAUUUCGCCGCGAGCGUGGAUGAGACGAACGGCUUUCGACCGAGGAGCCCGUUGCACGAAACCUCCAUCAUCGUGCCCCAGGUCGACUGGGGUAAAAGCGCGGAGGAGAGGAAGGAGGCUGCAAGCACGGGAGACUCGGAGAUAGACAGCGAUUCUCUGUCGUCAGGGGAAGAGGAGGAAGAAGCGCCGCCUGUUACGAAUCUGUCCCCUCCUCGUUUACAAAUUCACAGCACGGACGGAGAUCUGUUGUUGGACGAAGAAGCAGAAAGGUGUAAGGAUUUCGACGACGGCCAGUCGUUCGAGCCCGACUCCAUAGAGUGUUCGUUCCUUCAGGAGCAGAAAAUGUUGCAAAAUAACAACAUCUCUGCUCCUUGCUCGAACAACGAAACCUCGAUGGAGUUGGAGCUGGUGAAGAACGAAAUCGAGCAGUUGGAGCUGCAGGACGAGGGGAAGAAGAGCAAUUGCAGCACCCCAACGUCGAUAACGUCAGCCGUCUCGAACAAGCACGACGAUUCCGAGGAGAACGACGUGACGACGGCGGCUCUCACCGAGACCGAGUUCUCGGAGUGGGCCCGUGACGGUGAGGUUUUGGUCUCGGACGAUCUACGAGACGUUGAAUUCAACAUUAACCCGGAAUUCGUAACCACGAGAAGAAAGAACGUAUCGAGGAUGGCAGGCCAUGCUCCGAUCACGAUAGCCAAAGAAGAAGAUCUGACGGACGUGGAGCUGGACUCGUCCAGGUUGGAGAAACAGUUGGACGUUCCUGUUAACGAUACCUCGAAACUCUUGGCGAAUGGUGAAAAUAUAGAUUUCAUGGACACGGAUAACGAGUCGUUGUUGGACGACAGUUUGCAGGAUGCUUCUAACACGGUGAUGCUGAAAAAUAGGGGAUACGUAGAGUUUGUUAACGUUAAAAGCGGCUCGACGCAAGAUAGAUUAAUCGUGGCUGACGCUCCUAUCGCGAGAUUGGAGGUGGAAAAUGAUGAUUCGGAGGGAGAAGAGGUUUACUACGACAAGAAGAACGUGAUAGAGAUAAAUCCAAUCACCAUGGACGAUGUUAUGAACAAGUUAAAUGUGAACAAGGACAGUGAGAACAACGACGCCAAGAUUUCGGAUACGGGGAUAAAGUCAAGUUCCGUUCAACAAAAAGAUCGAUCCGUCAUCGUCGAGGCGGUGAACAAAGAAUUAUUUCAAUCGAUGGAGGAGGAUAGUUUGCUGAUCGUUGAGCCUGCCGAGGACACGACCACCAGCGAGGUAGUCACUAUUCUCGCCAGCCCCGUGAAUCCACAAGUAUCUAUGAUCGCAGCCCAGACCGAGAAACAAACGGAAGAAAAAGAGGAAGAAACGAAAACGUCGACCGAUUUGAACAAUCCCGAUUAUCUGGAGUACGUGAAGCGUCUGCAAUCUAGGAUUGCCGAAUUUAGCAACGCCAAGGACUCCAUAGACGUGAGGAAAUCGAAAAGGAAGAACUCGAAAAGUUCGCUGCAGUCCCGCACGGCCGAGAUGAUGAUAGCGGAAGAAAUUAAGAAUCAAGAAAGCACGAUUAAUACGAACAGUUUCAACUCGCCGGCAACCUCGAGAAAAUUGGAAGAAAUUACGAGAGAAAGGUUCAAGCAGAAAAACGUGAUACAAGAUUUAUUGAUGGAUAAGGUAGAGGCUCAUAAACAGAAAUCGGCAGAGAAAAAGGCGAGGAGAGCUGCCAGAGCUUCGUCGUUCAAUUCAACUUCUGCCUUAUCCCCGAUAAGACCCAGUAGUACGUUAGUUAAUAAAUUUGUACCUACGUCUAUAGCAACGCCUGAAAACAGCCCUUUGCACGCUACCCCAAUUGAUGAAAUUAAGCAGCCCGUGGAAAUUAAGAAAUCUUACGACACCCAGCAAUUGCCUUGGAAAUCAGAGACUGAGAAAGUCGUGAACGAGGAAAGUAGUAAAAAUGAUGUUCAAUCUUCUGAAAAUAUCACAUUGAUCGAGAUAGGUAAUGAGACGGAGAACAACUUUAGAACGCCAAUUGCGCCUCCGAGAUUGAAACAUGAAGAGGCGAAGAGGACAGCGGAAAAGGCAAGGCAAGAUGCGAGAGAAAGGGCUAGAUUGAAGAGCGACGAGGAUCUGGGUCUAAGCCCGGAAGAUAAAAUCAAAGAGUUGAGAAUGAAAGUGGCGCGAAGGCAACUUUCCAUGGAAGAGAGGAAAACUAAAGAAGAAGCGCAGCCUGAUGAUCCUCGCGUAAGACUAUAUACUUAUGGAGCAAACAAGACUGAAUUAAAAUUGCAAACGAGCAAAAGUACGGACAAUAUGAAAGCUGUAGCCGAGGCGAUCAAUUUCACCGGUUUAUCUGCUGGAGCAAAUGCAAAAUCGAUGGAUGAAUUGUUGCAUGCUGAUUCCCCAAAAUCAAAUAGCUCGAUAAUAAAAAGAGAUAAGAAACAAAAAAGUAAAGAUCCAGAAAGAAGAAAAAGUAUCAUUCAAGCAGUCUCAGAUUUCUUCUUUAAAAAGGAAUCUUCCCCUUCGCCGUCCAAUCAAAAAGACAAAUUAUCUAUGUUCCGUCUGACGUCAAAGACGAAAGGCAAAUUAUGUAAAUCGUAUUCGGAAGGGUCAGAUCUUGAUAAAGUCUUAUCACCGAAAAUGAACGCUAGACCAAAAAGUGUUUGCGAAGGUAUGCUCACAAGAAACUUUUUAAAUGAAAAUCCGCCGCCAAUUCCACCGCCACCCCUUAUUUAUACCAUUCCUACUACACAAAUCUCAGAUGAUAGUUUAUCAGAUGAUGACACAAAAACAACAGCAGUAUCGACAUCAUGCAUACAUAAAGCCACAAUAACAGAAGGUUCAUGUAAUAGUAUUUCACGUAAAACGAAAACUACGAAACGAAUAGCUAGACAAGCACAAUUGAAAAGAUUGCGUAUGGCUCAAGAAAUACAAAGAAAAUUAGAAGAAACAGAAGUUAAACAAAGAGAAUUGGAAAGUAGAGGUGUUAGCGUUGAAAAAGCUCUUCGUGGAGAAGGUGAAUGCUCCGAUCGAGAAGAAGCAGAUUUACUCAGAGAGUGGUUUGACCUUAUGAAAGAACGUACAGAAUUGCGUCGAUAUGAAAAAGAGCUUUUAGUACGUGCUCAAGAGGUUCAACUUGAAGAUCGCCAUGAAAGAUUGCAACAAGAAUUACGUGAACGCUUAGCUGAUGAUGAUAAUAAAAAGACCAGUGCCGAUGUGAAAAAGGAAGGAGAAAUUUUAACAGAAAUGUUGGAAAUAGUCGCAAAACGGGAUUCGCUUAUUGCACUUUUAGAAGAAGAGCGACAAAGGUAUCAAGACGAAGAUCGUGACCUUGAAGCUCAAAUGUUGGCCAAAGGCCUCAGAUUAACGCCAAUAAAAAAAUGUGGUCCUAAGUAUUCAGUUUAAUAGGAAUCACAUUAUUGUACAUAUACUCCAUUCUAUAUAUCCAUUGAUAAAUUUUACUAAAUAAGUAAAUUAAUUAUAAUGUAAAUAAGAAGUAAAUCUCAUAAGAAUCAAUUUGAUCUUACAAAGAUCAAAACUAAAAUUUUAUGUUAUUUUUUUUUUUUUAUGUAUUGAAACAAAUUCAUUUGCAAUAUUGUCUUUCAUUGUAUAUGUGCAAAUCUCACAUAUUUUAAAAAAUUACAGAUCAAUUAAUUAUUUUAUUUUAGAUUCGAUUUUUACAGAUUAUUG